AUGCCUGAUAAACAUAAACUUAAAUUAUUUUCACAUUUCAAACAAACUUCUCAACCAGAAGAAGAUUUGGCUCCAUCAACUUCAAAUCAUUCUAAGAAAUUCUUAGGUUUUCAUAUUGGUAGACAUGAAUCAGCAGAAUCUUUAACAAGCCCAACUUUAACUAAUUCUUCAGAUCAUCAUGUUCAACAUCAUCAACAAAAUUCUCAUCAACCCCUGCAAAUAAUAUCACCUCAUCCUCAACAUAGUAUUAAUAUAAUUAAUCAAACAAAUACUGAAAUGACUUCACCUGCUCAUAGUCAAAAUAAUUCUAUAGGAUCUCGUACAACAUCUCCACAAACAUUACAACCUGUUAAUAAAGAAGAUUCAAAUCAUAGCUUUUUACCUUCCAGUUCAAUGGUAGAUUUGAAAAAAUUAUUUAAACCAACAAAAAAGAUAUCAGCAGCUAGAACUAAAUCUGAAUAUAAUGGUUCAAUUCAUUCACCUCCACCUGGUUUAGCUAAUAGUGGUUUACAUUCUCGUGAACAAUCAUCAACUUCUUUGGCUACAUUAAUUAAUCAAACUUCUUCACAAUUAUUACAUAAUGCAACUCAUAGUCAUCCAACUCUGAAUAAAGAUCCAUUUACUGAUGAAAAUUCUCAAUAUGUUCAAAAAUAUGGUAAAAUUGGUAAAGAAUUAGGUAGUGGAGCAGGUGGAUCAGUUAAAUUAAUUGUAAGACCAUCUGAUCAAAAAACUUUUGCAGUAAAAGAAUUUAGACCAAGAAGACUGACUGAAACUUUAAAAGAUUAUACUAAAAAAUGUACAGCUGAAUAUUGUAUUGGAUCAACUUUAAAACAUCCAAAUAUUAUUAAAACUAUUGAUAUAAUUCAUGAAAAUAGUCGUUAUUUUGAAAUUAUGGAAUAUGCUCCUAUUGAUUUUUUUGCUGUAGUUAUGAGUGGAGAAAUGUCAAGACAAGAAAUUAAUUGUUGUUUAAAACAAAUUUUAGAAGGUGUAGCUUAUAUUCAUAGUUUAGGUUUAGCUCAUCGUGAUUUAAAAUUAGAUAAUUGUGUUAUUACAAUGGAUGGUAUUCUUAAAAUCAUUGAUUUUGGUAGUGCUGUUAUCUUUAAAUAUCCUUAUGAUCAAUAUGGUAAUUCAAAAGAUAGUAUUCAUAAUUGUCAUGGAAUUGUUGGUUCUGAUCCUUAUUUAGCACCGGAAGUUUUAAAAAGUUCAAAUUCUUAUAAUCCUCAACCAGUAGAUUUAUGGUCAAUUGCUAUAAUUUAUUGUUGUAUGACAUUAAAGAGAUUUCCUUGGAAGAUACCAAAUGUUGAAAAAGAUAAUAGUUUUAAAUUAUAUUCAUUACCUGAUGAUAAUUUCCAUGAUUAUUAUUUAAGUAAUGAAUGUCAUAAAUUAUUAUUACAACAAAGAAAAUUGAAAAAUAUUAUCGUUAAACUGAAUAAAAAGAAGAAAUUAUUAGCAGCAGCUGCUGCUGCUAAUGCUACUGCUAAUUCUUUAGAAAAUUCGGUAGAAAAAGAUAGAACUGAUAAACCAAUAGAAAAUGAUAAUAAUGAAGUUCCAGAAGAUCAAAUAAUGACAACCCAAUCAAGUGAAAAUAUUGAUCCAUCAGAUAUAUUAUCUGAUGCACAAGCUCAAGAAAUAAUGGCUCAAUUAAAAGAAAUUGAUGCCAAAUUAGAUGAAUAUGAAAAUAAAAAGAAUGAAAUGAAAUCUCUGUUUAAUGGUCGUAAAAAGCAAGAUCUGCCAGGUGAUCAAUUAGAAGAUGAUGCUUCUGAUAAUCAAAGUAAUCAUAAUGAAAAUGAUGCUUCUGCACCUGCCACUGCUGCUGCUGCUACUGCUGCUGCUGCUAAGAAGAAAGCAUCUCAUCAUAAACAAAUCCAUGGUCCAUAUAGAUUAAUGAGAUUAUUACCUCAUGCAUCUAGACCAAUAAUUCAUAGAAUGUUACAAAUUGAUCCAAAAAGAAGAGCAACUUUAGAAGAAAUUAUGAAUGAUGAAUGGAUUAAAGAAAUUCAAUGUUGUACUUUAAAAAGAGUUAUUAAAAGCUCAGAUAAUAUUGGUAAUAUUGCAGAUGAUGAAGAUGAUGUACUUGUUAAGGGAACUCCUCCUCAUGAACAUACAGUUGUACUUGAGAGUUAA